AAGUUAAGCACUUAAAAUAAGUAGAAAUAAGUAUGAAAAUAUUCUAGUAGGAAAUAUUCUAAUAUUUAGAUUUAGAUUUUUUUUUUUCUAAUCUCAAAUGAGAAGUAAGAUGAGUUUUUAUUUUUCUGGCAGAUCUAGAAGGAAACACAGACAUGAGGGCUCCCUGGAAAGUAAAGCCAGUCUACCAGUCACUCCACCAUCAACAAGUUCACAAGUCAAACAUCAACUAUGAUGAUCCAAGUUGUUCUUAGUACAACAAAGCCCCGCCCUCUUUUCCUUGAAAGGCAUUCUGUGCAAUAUAAAAGUUAAGCAAGUGACAAAAAUUAUAUACUGAAUGUAUAUUUUAAAGCUUGUAUACUUAACUUUAAAGUUUACAUUUCUGUUGAAUAGUUUAAUGGCAAUUGAAAGCAUCAUCAAAUUUCUUUUUAUUUUUUUUUACAUUUGUUUUUAAUGUUUAAUACUCCAUCUCUCACAGCAAGCGAUUAAAACAAAAUACAAUAAAAUGACAAAAAUAGCCAGUAGUUCAUACAGAUGUACUCAAGUUUAAAUAAACGAGUCUCUUUAUGCCUUGUUAUGCUAAUAGCAAGUGAGAGUGAGUAGUGACGCAGUCAGUAUUCACACUUACGCAGUAUAAAUGAAAGUGAAAGCAGGGCUGUGUGACAUUCACACUGACCAGAAAAACUCUGUGUUAAUUACUGCGUAUGAAACGGAUCAGGGAAAUUUAAUAAACAUAAAGUGUUUGAAACAUUAAAGGUGCGUACUUUCUUAAAUCCUGCUUUACUGUAUAGUUCAGAUAGAGAGAUUGAAUUUUAUACUCAGAAAACAAACUUAAUGAAACGAAUGAAACAUUUAAAUGGUGCAAACAGUCCUACUAACAUUCUUAUUGACAACAAGCAAGAAGAAACUAUUUACUGACUGAGAGCUGAGAGAAUUCUUUUUACAAUGUGAUGUGUAUCACUGUUUGAACGGAAUAAUGAUUUAUUGAUAAAAGAGUUGAAAAUGAAAAAGGCAAGGGACAUGGCUAAAGCAUCACAAGCAAGAGAUGGCAGAAGGAAGAGCAUGGAUACACCUGCUGAAUUUGCAGGUGACUCCAGCAGCCUGUUGACUGAAGAGCAGUUAAAGUGUUCUAUCUGUCUGAAAGUGUUCACUGAUCCCAUCACCACUCCAUGUGGACACAGCUUCUGCAAGAGCUGCAUCAUACAAAGCUGGAAUACGACUCAAAUCUGUAAGUGUCCAUUUUGCAAAGAGAAAUUCACCAAGAGACCUAAACUGAAGAUUAAUGUAACGAUGAGAGAGGUUGCAGAUCGCUUCAAGAAGAAAAUAAGCUCAGAUAAGUCUCGGGUUUUUUGUGAGAUCUGCCCUGGAGCAAAAGAUAAAGCCAUAAAAUCCUGUCUUCAUUGUGGUGUGACUUUCUGUGAGUCUCAUUUAGAGCCUCAUAAUAUUGCUCCGAAUUAUAAAAAACACAAACUGAUAAAUGCAGUAAAGAACCUGGAGAGAUACAUCUGCCAAAAGCAUGAGAGACCUCUGGAGCUGUUCUGUAGAGACGAUCAGGAGUGUGUGUGUCAGUUCUGCACUGAGGGAGAUCACAAGAAUCACAAAGUUAUUCCAUUAGAGGAGGAGAGUGGACAGAGAAAGAGUCAGUUGGGGAAAACACAGACGGAGCUGCAGCAGAUGAUCCAGGAUCGACAGAAGAAGAUCGAGGAGAUUAAUGACUCAGUAGAGCUUAGUAAAAGAAAGACAGACAAAGAGAAAUCAGACAGCGUUGAAUUUCUCACCAAUCUGAUUCGCUUCAUUGAGAGGAGUCAGGCUGAGCUGCUGGAGAUGAUGGAGGAGAAGCAGAAAGCAGCAGAGCAGCAGGCUGAUGGACUCAUUAAAGAGCUGCAACAGGAAAUCACUGAUCUAGAGACGAAAUACACUGAGCUGGAGCAGCUCUCACACACUGACGACCAUCUCCACUUCCUACAGAGGUACACAUCAUUGUGCCGCGCUCCACACACUAGGAACUGGUCUGAGAUCAGGAUUAACAUUGAAGUUAAUGUGGACACUAUGAGGACGGCUCUGUCUCGUCUUCAGCAGACUCUCAAUAAGAAACUCAGUAGAAAUCUGAAUGAGAAUCUGAAGGAAACAGGACUGAAGAUGAGACAGGAAUAUGCAGUGGAUGUGUCGCUGGAUCCUGAUACAGCUAAUCCCUAUCUAAUCCUGUCUAAUGAUGGAAAGCAAGUAACGUAUGGAGACACAAAACAGAAUCUCUCAGACACUCCAAAAAGAUUCAGUAAAUAUUCAAUGGUCCUGGGAAAGCAGGGUUUCUCCUCUGGGAGGUUUUACUAUGAGGUGCAGGUCAGCGGAAAGACUGAGUGGGAUUUAGGAGUGGUCAAAGAGUCUGUUAACAGGAAGGGGACAAUUGAGACUUUUAAACCUCAGAAUGGAUUCUGGACCCUGAUUCUAAGGAAGGGGAAUAAGUAUACUGUUCGUGAUGAUCCCUCGAUCCCGCUCCCCCUGAGUGAGAAGCUCCAGAAGGUGGGAGUGUUUGUGGAUUAUGAGGAGGGUCUGGUCUCCUUUUAUGAUGUUGAGACCAGUUCUCUUAUCUACUCUUUCACUGGUCAGUCUUUCACUGAGAAACUCUAUCCAUACUUCAGUCCUGCUUUGAAUGAUGGAGGUAAAAACUCAUCACCACUCGUCAUCUGUCACGUAUCACGUAAGACUGAAUAAACUCUCUCCUCAAACAACUGUAUAAAAUUAAGAGAAUGGAAUGGGUUUCAUUUCUCACUUUCAAACUUAAAAAAUGGUCUAACCUGAACAAAACAAUUUUACCAUGUUUUCAAAGGAACACCUUUUGUUAAAAAAAAAUGAUGCCAACGAAGGGUUCCCCUAUUCAGUUUUUUUUUUAAGUAUUAUUUGAUGAUGAAGAUCACACUAAGUAAAACGGGAAAAUGUCUGUGUGGUAGAAAUUUGUAGGGGCUGCUAUAUGACAUUUGUAAUCAGUAUUCAAUUAAGCAUUUUGUGUUUUGAUUACUAAUUUAUACAUGUAUGUAUUUGUGAUUGUGGAAAGAUUAGAACAUUUAUUUGAGCAGAUUUAGGUGUUUGUUCAUGAUUUCUAUUCCAUGUAGGUUUUACCUUAUGUAUAUAAUUACAAUAUAAUAACAUAAAAUAAUUUACUUGAAUGUAAUAAUUUUGUUAUUACUUUUAUGCACUAACUGGCCAAAAUAAAGUUGCACAUUUUAAUA